AUGCCUCCUCUCCCUCUUGACGAGCGCAUAGUGAGCAUUCAGCGCCCCAAGAGCUUAGCCCUGCAUGGGGAAUCCCCCCAGACCACCCUUCAGCACCCCCAAAACGCCUCUACCCGCAGUUGUCCCACACAACCUCAUCUAUCUCGCCCUCACCCCUGCCCUUCCUCCUCUGUCUCCUCAACUUUGGAACACAAGUGCGGGCCUCCUCUCAGGUACGAAGAGGACAGAGGCCUCGACUCUGGGUGGAGCAACACCUUCAGCCACGGGCAAAGUGAGGCAACUCUUGGGCCAGGGAAACAUAAGCGCACACACACCAUAGACAUCCAGCUCUCCCUGGGGAGAGGCGGAGGUGCGGGUGGUGGCGGGACCAUUUUGGAUAAAGGACAGAAGAUCAGCGUAAGCCACGAGGGUACUGUGAAAGGAAACAGGGAGAAGAGGUUGUCCUUGCACCUUGAGCUCGGAAAGGGGGACGGUAAACGUGCGGAGGCGUCGGCAAAGUGUGGUGGGCUAGCGCAGCAGCUCCUGAGUCACCCACGGAAUCAGGACCAGAGCAGGGAGCAGCAAGGGAGCCACCAUCAAAGCCAGCCGUCUGUGUCCACCGGAGAGCUUCGAGGAUUUGUUCCAGCUCAGGGCCUGUAUCCCAGGUUUGGGAGCUUGAGAGACAGGCCGUCGGCCCACCAGUCCAACUUUCCGGGUGACACUUUCUGCACCCGAGCCCAUCAGGAGGGGCUGGGCUUGGGUGACAAAGAGAACUCCAAACUGGGACCCGUACACCACCCCCAAAACCCCCAUAGUCUACCCCGUUACCACAGUUCCACUCCCUCCACCACCCGCUACUCCACGGGUGCCCGCCUCUCCUCUCAGGCCCCACCGCUACCCUCUUUUCACCAGAUCACUCAGCCCCGCCCGUCUCGCAGUCACGAGCACCCCGCCUUUCACUUCCACGACCUGCCCAUCUCUGCCAUCCUGCCCAGCCCCUCCUGCGCAGACGGCUUCCCCAGCCCAGACCACACUUGCACUAUCGACUUCUCGCAGCCCUUCAGCUGUGGCUGCUGGAGGCUGGUGCGUUGUGGGGGAGGAGAUAGUCAUUCGACGGGACACCAAGGGGCCAGUGGGAGCCACUCUUCCUCCCUUCCUCGCCCUCACGGGGGAGGCGGUGUCGGCGGCAGCCGAGGCAGAGAGGUCUCGUCCGGAACCAUGGGCCUGAGAACACUGGGCGGGUGCCUGUCCACCACCUCCACCCCCAACACCUCCUCGUCCAAUAGCGUUGUGUCGGACUGCCGCGCAGGUCUCCUCAGGCCCCUCCGCUGCACUUCCUGUUCUGGGGAAGUGGGAGGCUACGAGAGCCCCUCUGCCUUCCGCAAAAAACUUGUGGGCGGGUGUCUGCCCUGUGCCCCUCUGUCUUCCUCUCCCUUGCGGGCUCUCCAAAGCUGUGUGGGCGGCUGCAACCCCAAAGCGAGUCAGACGGGCAGCUCCACCUGCAGCUACUGCAGCAGCGACCCCAUCGUGGUGACCUUCAACCCCCGCCGGGGGAGGCCACCUGGGAUGGGCAGGGGCGUUGGAACGCAUGCGGCUAUAGGGGGAUACCUGCCCGACGAUGACGAUUACAGCGUUCGCACAAUCUGGCCCGAGGAGCUGGCUAAAAAGAUGACAAGGUCCAAAACCCAGCCGGGCCACAGUGGUGUGGGUAUGGGCCUGGGACCCAGGAGUGUCCACACUCAUCACAGCCAGAGUGACAUGAACGGGACCAGUCCUGUAAUCCUGGACUGCCGGAAUCUCCUGGAGUUCACACGCUCUCAGCUGACCGACAACGUGGGUAGACGACGCCUCCAGCAGGGCAAAAUGGCGGUCCUGGACUUUAUCGGGUCUGGGACUGGUCAGGACGUGGGCCAUGACUCCCUGAAGAGGCUCUGGUCCAAGGGGGGAGACAUGGGGGACUUCAAUGGGCUAGACGAUGAAAUCGGAUUUCCCCGCUCCCCCUCUCCCCGUUCCCCAUCUCCCCAGUCUCCUCCUUCCUACUCCCCACUGCCUUCGGCUCACACCACUCUCAACAAGCCCAUAGCCAGGGACAGAGAGAGCGGACACACCCUCCCCUCCGCCCACUCCCUCCACCUGGUCCUAAACUCGCUCAACAGGGAGCAGGACCAGGAGAACGAGAGAGUGCACCUCUCUCUCCCGCUCUCCUCCUCGCUCCCAGCUUCCCUGUCGGACGAGAGUGUGAUGACCCCCGAUGUGGAGAAUGCCACCAUCAGCCCCAUAUUGCCUUUCCUCUUCCUCGGCAAUGAGAGGGAUGCCCAAGACCUCAACCUGCUGCUACAGUUCAACAUUGGCUUUGUGGUCAAUGUCACCACUCACCUGCCCCUCUACCACCUAGACACUGGUCUGGUCCGCUACAAAAGGCUUCCCGCCACAGAUAAUAGCAGGCAGAAUCUUCGGCAGUACUUCGAGGAGGUGUUCGAGUUCAUCGAGGAGGCUCACCAGACCGGGCGAGGCGUGCUGGUACACUGCCAGGCGGGCGUGUCCCGCUCCGCAACCAUCGUCAUCGCCUACCUGAUGAAGCACACCCUCAUGACCAUGAUGGACGCCUACAAGUAUGUCCGAAGCCGACGGCCCGUGGUCUCGCCCAACCUCAACUUCAUGGGCCAGCUGCUGGAAUUCGAGAGGGACCUCAAUUCUGGCAUCACGCCCCGCAUCCUCACCCCAAAGCUCUGCGGCCUAGAGACACAGGUCUGA